AUGGUGCAGAUGGAGCUUAUGGAAGAGUUCGAUCCGUCAAUUCCGGUCACUCUACCCCACGAAAAUGUUUAUCUAAUUCAGGUUGGAUACAAACUCUAUCGCUUCAGUGGUGCCAGCUUACUGUCAGACUCUCCGUCAUACUUCACAAACUUUUUCACUAACCCACAAAAUGCUGAGAAGGUGCUUUACAUUGACAGAAACCCCCAGGUAUUCGAGAAGAUCUUCUCUCAUCUACAAGGCUACCACAUAGAUGUUGAUGAUGCUCAUGAAUACGUAUACCUAUGGCUGGAUAGCUACUACUUUGGCUUGCGUCGCCUUCAGAAAAUUUUAGACAGUGAAUUCACGUUCGCUUGUAUCGGCAAUCAGUCCUUCAAGAUCCCAAAACAGUUGUUGGCAAGAACCAAUAACUAUCCUAAUUACUUCCUGAUCAACUUCGACAGUCUUCUCUCCGACAACAGAAAAAUUAUCCAGUCAAAAUCAAUGAUAAGACCCCCUCCUCAGAGACCGCCAAUGGCGUCAACCAGAUCAUCCAAACUUUUUGCAGAUCUUUUGGAGGCUCUCAAAGGAAACGAUAGUAUUGUGAAGGAUGAUCAACAUCGGCAACUUCUUCUUCGGGAAUGCCGAUACUAUCGUUUUCUCGAGUUAGAGCAGAGAUUGCUCAAACAUGAAUUAGUCAACAAUCCUUUCACCAAAGAACAGGAGAUUGUUUUAAAUCUUCUUGAUCUUCAGCAGCGAGGGGUGUCUAGUAUAUCAAAAGGUAUUCACGAUGAGCAUGCCUUGCGGUACACGCGCCCAUACAUGAUAAAAGAGAAGGAACGGAGUCUAAUAGUGCAGGUGAACCUGGAGGCUGGUUCGACUUGUAAAUUGAGUAUCAAUCGUGAUGCUCACCUAGUCUCAUUUGUCUGCACGGGUAAGUUGGCUAAUCUGUUUCAUUCUGUGUUUGGCUCUUUUGCCAAGGACCUACUGCUUGCACAUCAAACGGAAGUCCACGGACAGGGGACUGACAAGUUCGUGAUCUUCUGUGGGCUUUCUAACGCCACAACUAAACUCAAUGGACAAGAACUCAAGGAUGACUGGUUUUUUGACUGGUUCAAGCAUCCAGAUGAACCGCUGCUGAAGAAGAGGAAAGCAAGUGAAGAUGGCCAUAUAGAGGACGAGUUGGCAGAGGUGCCAUUGACAAAGUCACUUUGGAGAGUUCUAGUAAGGGGUGACAGAUGCCGGUUUCAUGCUGUUUCCCUCGUUGGUUAUUCUAAUCAAGCAGCUUUCAACAAAAGUAUAGUCAUGCUCUGA